UUUGCUCACACACACACACACACACACACACACAGAGGCACCCCCAACCUCGCAAUCCCCACAGAUCGGAAGUGGAAGGGGGGUCAUGUAAGGGAAAACACAAAAUUCAGGCAGCGGAAGAUUGUAAUUAUAAUGGAAUGUAUUAUUUAAAAUACCGGUAUGUAUUCACCUAUAGAUCAACAUUUCUCAUGUUGUAGAUAAACGUAAUACAUUAACACUUUAACAAAAUAAGGGAGGUACAGAAAGCCGAAGUUUGAAAGAAAAAUACUAUAUUAUCAUUUGCACGGAAGUAAUAACAAAACAUGAGUUGGUUUGGCAAAUAACUUGUUUAGCCUACUGAUGGUACACAGUGAGGGUUGCUAAAGAGAAAGACACACCCUACGAUGCUCUAGUUCAACGCUUGUCUCUAGUUUCCUCAUUCGAGGAAAAGGAUCCGUAGCCUAUCUAACAUGUAUCGCUGCUCUGUAUUUCUUCAUGCUCUGUAUUUUCUUAAUUAUUGGUUCGUAGCCCUACAAGGGUCAGAACUUAAUUUGUCGAAUGUUUUUUUGCUCAAGGGAAAUGAUUUAUUCAUGGAAUUAAAAACACAGCCACGCACCAGUUAUUUUCUAUGGCGCUUUAAAAAAAUAAAUAAUAUAAUAAGAUAUAUUCCUGGUCGAAAAGGGGAUUUUGAAAAUUUCUAUGGCAAAAGGGUAGAGUAUUCAACAAAGAAUUACUCAUUGCAAAUAAAAAAUGUGGGAUUGAAUGACAGUGGACUUUACCACGCAGUAGAUAGUGGUGCAGAAGAAACAAUUAUUGCUGGAUACAACGUCAUAGUUCAAGAGCGGGUAUCACCAGUGGUCCUGAAUGUGUCGUCUGUGUCUCUCAGUCCUGAACCCUGUAAUGUGACCGUGACCUGUAGCACUCAGAGCUCCUCCUUAAACUCCACCUUCACGUGCACCAAUCAAACCUGCUCUGGGGAUGGAGGAGACCCAGCAGAGGUCGUGACCUCUGAUGUCUCGCUCAACCUCUACCUGUCAAAUGGUUCGAUCGCCAUCUGUAACCAUAGCAACAAAGUGAGCUGGUCAAAGGCCACGAUGGAGAUAAAACCUCUGUGUUCUGGUUUUCCUGACAACAACCCGAACUAUGAGAUAUUAAACAUCCUCUGUCGAUUGGUCUUCGUCAUUCCUAUCAUCAUUUUGGUAAUUUUUUAUUGCUGGAGGAAAAAGAAAAAUCACCUCAAAGUCCAUUUUGACCAGAGUCCAAACUGUGAUCCAGCUGCCGCAGUCUAUAUGAAUGUGAGUCUGUUAGGAGCCCCUCCUCUCCCUUUAGAACCCGCCGACAUGGAACUAAACCCAAUAAGGGCUUAGAGGGUUGCUGGUCCAAUCCCUGGCUACUAAUGUCAGGUGGUCCUUGUGCAAGAUCCUGAUAAUAAAAAUACAAACACAGAGAGUCAGAGAGACAUGGAUGAUCCUGCAGAUAUUUCAAAAAAUUAGGGGUUAGAGUAAGUUCAAUAUGUAGGUUUAUUUUUCCUGAAAAGUUGGGCAGACAAAAUAUUUGUACUGAAUCUAUCUCCAUCAUAUAUUAUCUAUUAUAAUUUAAGACAAUAUAUAUAACACACUUUUUAUGUGUAUUUUAUAUGUGUAUAUGUUAAUAUAUAUUUUAAUAUGAUAUACAAUUUGUUUCUUUAAUUGUUACCUUGUUCUUGAAUCUGCCUAAACGGUCUGCGUAGAUACAUAUAUAUAGCAUUUAUCAAAUAAUACAAUAAUUAUGUUUUACAACCCAAUAUUAUGUUUUAAUACACAUGAAUAUUCAGCAGACCCUUUUAUCUGAAGACACUUCCCAGUGAUGGCAUACAAUCAAAAUAGCUAAAAAAAACGUUCACCAAAAGUUGUGUUCCUAUCAGCCAUUGUUGUCAUUGUUUGUCGUGCUGCAUGUACAUCCUCUUCCUCUAGCACGUCUGCUAUAACUUCAGAUAGUUAGCUAGAAAAUAAGUCAGGCUAGGUCUCACACCACAUUGGUAUUCUUGUGCAGAAACCGGAAGUAGCAGGAAGGAGCCAGUCAGAGCAGCAACCACAGAUGAUACUCUGACACCCCUAACAUGAUUUCCUUCUAAUAACAUCUUUUUUCUCAAGUGCAGUUGCUGUUUAGGGUUUGGAAGGGUUAGCUAGUUAAGAAUAUUUUACAUAUUUAAUUAACCAUGCACAGCAAUGGAUAAGUUCAAGGAGCAGCUUGAUGGAUAGAGGAGAGAGACUUUUCAUGUAGCCAUAGAGUUAUACACAAGGGCUCAGCCAGGACAUUUUUUUCCACAAUUAUGUAUUCCUUCAAAGUAUAUUCAAAUGUAGUUAUUUCACUUCAUGUCAACGCUAUCUGCCCAAAGAUGGCACUUAUACUAUACUUUUUUGCAUUAUUUUCUUAUCUUUGUCGAACAUUUUCUCUUUUCAUUAUUUUGACACAUUCAAAACAAUGGUAUCUAACAUGCAUCUCUGCUCUAUUUCUCAUUUGAUGUUUCGUAGGACUUCGAGGUAAAACCCAAAACGAAUGUUCUACGAUUUGUCUCUGAUAAAUGUAGCGUAUUGCUUUAAUUGUAACAACUCAUCUGUGUUAGGUGAAUCCAUCUUCACAAAAAAAAAUUAUAUUGGAAAUAUCGAAAUAAUCUUUGUAACAAAGAAAUAAUGGAUUUAUAGUUUUCAAUAUUCAAAGUAAUAUUUUGUUAUCAGUUUACCCUCAUUUUAGGGUAGACAAAUAAAACCUUGUUUUUUGCUUAAAGGGAAACUGUAAUAUUUUAAGUCAUUUAUUACCUCAAAUCCAUAUUCAUUUAUAAAUAAGUCCUCAUUGGUGUAAAAUUAUCUCUGCCAAAAAUCUCACUUAUCCUCCUGAGCGAAGAAUAAUUAAUAUGUAGUUACAUAGGACGGGUAAGCUUGGAGGCUUCCAUGUUCUUCCGGUCUAUGAACGGCCGAGAGGGACAAAAAGCACUACGUGGUACAGGAAAUGCAAACGCAUUUUCACUCUGAGCCAGUGUGAAUGAUGACUGAAAUAAUUCACUAUUUUGUUCGAGGAGUAAUUACUCAUACAUCAUUAGCUUACACUAAUGAUUCAAUGCAGUUUGAAAUUUGUUUGAAAUAACGAACCUCAUCAUCACUCGAAUGACUCGAUGAGGUAGUAUUGGAUGUCAUGACAAAGCUUCUUGCCGCAUACUGCCCACCGUAGUUUUUGAACAAGCGAGCACUAUUAGUUUGAAUGCAAUAUACAAUUGUACCACUAGAUGGGAGUAAUUUUUACACAGUGUCCCUUUAAGGGAAGUCGAAAUUUAUUCUUAGGAAUCGAAACACCGUUACCCAUAUGUCAGUCAUUCCAAUGGAAAGCGACAAUAAUGCCUUGUUUCCACCGAGUGGAGCGGCUCGGCUCGGUACGGCUAGGAGCAGCUCGAAGCGGGACAGAUCGGUCACGCUAAAUCUGGCUCGCAUUUCUACCGCCGACAGUAGCCUUAAUCUAUGGUGGUGAGGCGGGGUUCAAGCCGGAUGGCGAUAGCCCCAGCAGCUACGUAAGCAUCGUGACAUCCUAUCAACGCGACACAGUGUAGCCUGCUAAAACAAUUAAAUGAAAAAGAAGUUUGUGACACCUUAAACAAAGAGCAACAAUGGAGGACGUCCAAGAAGGACGGCCAACUUUUGCCCCACAUUUUCUUCAAUAGGGUUAGAAAUACCUUGCAGGUACUGUGUUUGUUUGUCCGCCAAUAUAAGCGGGCCGAGCCACACCGAACCAAACCACUCGUUGGAAACGAGGCAUAAUGGCGCAUUUCCACCGGCGGUUUCGGGUUGGUUCGGUGCGGCUUGGUGGAAUAGUGAAGGUGCGGUUCGGCGCAGCUCAGUAACGGCUCACGUUUCCACCGCCGACAGUACCCUUAUGGUAGGGCGGGGUUCAAGCCGGAUGGCGAUAGCCGCGGCAGCUGAGUUAGCAUCUUGAUCUCAUAGCAACCCGACACAGUGUAGCCUGCUAAUAAAUCCAAGGAAGUGUAAGAAUUUGCACAAUGAACAAAGAGCAACAAUGUAUGCCGUCGAAGAAGGCCGGCAAACUCCAAAAAUAUCUUGCGGGAAAUGUGUUUGUUUGUUAUUAUUCCCCUGUCGCACGGAAGUGCGAUUCUGUCAACCAAUCAACAGACGGCGUGUGUAGCUCGAACUUGCCGGCGCCCUUUCAGGCGUCUCAUUACCAAGCCCCCAGGAGCAGUGCAUACUUCCGCAAUCCACUAGUGCUCAGCGGCCAAGCCUGGUAUUGCAGCUGUUUUAGCGGGCUGUGGACGGGUCCGUCGAUUCAUGGAGGUACAGAAGGAGAUUUCGCCAUUCACUCCAAUACAUGUGGGGAACAGGAAUGUGUCUCCGCAAAAAAUGUCUGGAUAUCAAUCAAAGGCUCAUAAUUAUCUUCAUACCAUGUACUAAUAAAAUGCACGUUUUCUCUUUUCAAAACGCUUCCGCAAGCGUUUUAUAAGCCGUUUCAUUUAUUUAUUUUACGAAGGGUCGGCAGCUAAAAGGAGUCGUAGUGAAACAAAUAUUGUUUCGGCCCGGCAUCCAAGAGGGCUCAGUGCUCUCCGUUAACUUAUUGUGUCCGAGGUUUUUUCCUUUUAUUUAACGUUAACGAUGUUGAUGGUUUUUAGGCACUGUGUUGACUUUUUAUUACUUAAAGUCGCAGAGAGAUGUGUAGACAGACCUCUCGCUUAUGAUGCUACAAUGCUUACCAUGCUAGACAACGAGAAUAUUUCUGCAUCCGGCACGUCAUGCAUUAGGUCGUGGCUCAGUCCGUACGGCUCAGUCCGGGUCACGCCCACUUUUGGCGCUGGAAACGCAAUCUGUGCCGCACCUUUGCGAACCGAACCGCACCCUCCGGUGGAAACGAGCCAAUAGAGAGAGAGAGACAGAGACAGAGCGACAGAGCAGGGCGGUAACGUACGUAGUCGUCGGCCGAGGGGUCCUGAAGGCUGCUGUAAUAGGCGGCGCGCUCGUCCUCCUCCUCCAUGAAGACGGGGGGCUCGUAGGACGCCAGGAAGGUGGAGGGCCGGUA